CUUCAUCUCAUCCAAAUCAACCAAAGAGGAAAUCAAGAGAAACCAACAAAAUGUCCAACCCCCCCGCCUCAGACACCGACUUCCGCAAAACAUGGAACCGCGAAGAAUACGCCGAGCGCGCAGCGGCCGCCGAGGCCAAACGCAAAGAGGAGUCCAAAGCCCGCUAUGAAGCCAAGCUACUCGGCAAGAAAUGGCACGCACCGGUCGACUAUAGCAGCCUGGAGGCGACGACGGCGCGCAAUCAGCGGCUGAAUGUGGCGUCCAUGGUGGGCAAGACAACGAUCGUGCCGUCCGGGUCGGGCGUCGGCAAGCGCGGACGCAGCGCGGGGUUCUACUGCGAGGACUGCGAUCUGACGUUUAAGGAUAAUUUGCAGUUGGUGGAGCAUUUGAAUAGUAAGCAGCAUUUGGUGGCGACGGGGCAGAGUGGGGAGGUGGAGUUGGCGAAUGUGGAGGAUGUGAGGAUGCGGUUGAGGAUGUUGGCGCAUCGGAGGAGGGUCUUGGAGGAGGAGGAGAGGAGGGCGUGGCAGUUGGAUUUGGGGGUCCGGUUGCAGGAGAGGGAGCAGAUUGAGGCGAAGGAGAGGGAGGAGAAGAGGCGGAAGAGGAAUGAGAAGCGUCGGAAGGGGGGCAAUGAUGGUGUCAAGCAGGAAGAGGACAGUUGGGAAGGUCGUCUGGGCAUCAUCGCGUGAUAUGGAGGGAUUCGCUUCGACUUGUUUGCUAUAGGGGUUACCCAAAAAAUUGCAUAUACCCACGGCGCUCGGGAUUCGUUUACAGCAUGGAUGGAUGGACA